AUCAGGUGAUCGGUCUCGUGACCUACUUAACUUGUCACGCCAUUAAUGUUUGACACAAACAACAACGAAGACUUGCCGAGCGAAGUGUUUUAGUAGAACAUGGAUGUACUUCCAUGGUAUAGCGGAUGAUUUUUUUGUUGAAAAUUAGUAUUUAUUGAUUUUCAGCCCCCAAGUGACUGUGGUUGAAUCACCCGGUAUCUGUCUGUCCCACUGCACUGUGAGUCCGCUACUACACAAGGAGACGUCGUCUUGUAGGUACCUGGUUUGUCUCCCACCAUCCGAUUUAGUGCAACACGAUUAUUGGCGGAGCAUGGUUUUGAAAGCGACCGUUAUAUUGGGCCUGUUGUUGGCGAUCUGUGUCAAGUUGGGCGCCCAUCCCGUAUACUAUAUGGACCAAGGUCUUACAGCCAAAUCUUCACGACUCGAGAAGCUUGAAAAGCUGGUAUACCAUGAGCUGCAUGCAUUCCAAUCGAGAGUGAACAGCCUUGAUUUGACAUUAUCUGUAUCGUUAGAGUGCGAGGCGUGUCGUUUUGGAGCCGAGUUGAUACACAUUUUAUUUACACAGAACAUUACUGAGAAAGAGGUCGUAUAUCUCGUGUCCGAAGUCUGUAACGUAGCUAAAAUAGAAAGUACUCGAGUUUGCCAAGCCGUGGCACUAGAAUUCAAGGACGAAUUUUUCUAUGUCGCUGAUAAUCUUGUACUGACUCCGGAUGAAAUAUGUGGGACAUUAAUCGGCACCUCCUGUGGACAUCCAUAUAAUCCAACCACCUUCUGGAAUAUUACGCUUCCUGCUACACCAAAACCUCCCAUCAUCCCACCUAAACCACCCAAGAAGGGAGCGCCAAUAUCCAGAGUUCUGCACCUAGCCGAUAUUCAUUAUGAUCGUGACUACAUGACUGGAUCUAAUACAGAAUGUGGCGAACCUCUAUGUUGCCGAUCCAAUGAUGGGCCUCCUGCCCCUUCAAAACCUGGAGCUGGAAAAUAUGGUGAUUACAACAAUUGUGACGCACCAAGAAGUCUAAUAGAGAAUGCUUUUCAACAUCUAAGCAAAAAUGAAAAGUUUGAUUACAUCAUCAUGACUGGGGACCUCCCGGCACAUAAUAUCUGGAACCAGUCCAGAAGCGACCAGCUGGAAGUUCUGAAGGAGAUCACAGAUAUGUUGCUGAAGUACUUCCCAGGUGUUAAAGUGUACCCUGCUGUGGGAAACCAUGAAAGCUCUCCAGUCAACAGUUUUCCACCACCUUCUAUCAGUAACAAAGAUCUCUCUAUUUCCUGGUUGUACAAUGCAUUUGCAUAUCAGUGGGUAAACAGGACAGGUUGGUUGCCAUCGGAUACCGUAGCUGACAUUAAAAAGUAA